AUGGUCUCGAAUUCCGAUAAAUCACCCAUCGUGAACGAGCGCCCUAUUGAUCAUGCAGGAGAAUCUUUACUUCGUGGAUUAGAAAAUGUGGACAAGAAGCCAAAGGAAGAAUUGGACUCAAUUUUGGGUACAGGAUAUGAUACUUCUAAAUUUGCCGAUGAUAACUCUGGAGCGAAAUGCACAAGGACUGCAAUUUCACCUUACUCGACAAUUGACACGAGACUUGGUUUCAACAUAGUUGGUGGAAAGGACAGCCAGCAUAUCCCCGGACAUAAUGGAAUUUUUGUUUCGAUUAUAAAAUCCGAUGGUCCCGCUUAUAUUGAUGGAAGGCUAUCUGUCGGUGAUUUAAUAUUGUCUAUUAAUGGAGUCGACCUUGUAAAUAAGACGCACGAUGAAGCAGUAUCGAUAUUUCGUUCUCAGAAUCAGUCAACCGUUGACCUUCUCGUAGAAAUCGGUGCCGAAAACAGGAUUCUAAAC